UUGACGCUGCUUAGUUGUGCUUCUGCUUUAGCUUCAUCUGCCAAACUCUUGACCGCUGAGUCUAAAGACCAUGAGUGAGACGGGUUGGUCGGCUGACAGCACGAAAAGAAGACAUGCACGGCUGCUUGGAAGUUACCCCGAGUUUUAGUGAAACGGACUUCAAAAGUCACCGGUUUCUCUCUCUUUAGCAGCUAGCGUUAGUAGGACCGAAGAAACAACUUCUGCCCGAGCGCAGCCCUGCUCGAGCGGGGAGACGACGACGAAGCUCGGCGCACAAAGAGCAGUACAUUUAACAGACUUGUAGUAUUAGUCAUUUAUUCAUUUCGCCAUAAUGCUAAAGCUUUGCCUACAGAAAGCCUUCCCACUGGUGGCACAGAAGUUACCGACAGGACUGAGGCAGGCAGUGCCGCGGAGGCUGCCGGGGAGUGGGACACACACACCGAGCUGCUGGAUGGGAACACACGGGAGAAACGAGCCGAGGGAGCCACUCAACUCCCCCAAGAUAGCCAAAGACUUUAUCUACUGCCUCCAUCCGACGGAGAGGACCUGUUUACUGAAGGAGCUCCAGAGUUUCGAGUCCAUAGCCAUUGUACAAGAGAACCAGGAGCCCUCGCCGCCGACUAGGGCCCAGAUCAAAUAUGUUUUGUUCCACAACUGCAUCCCCUUUAUUGGAUUUGGUUUCCUUGAUAAUGCCAUCAUGAUCGCAGCAGGAACACAGAUUGAACUCUCUAUCGGAGUCACUCUCGGGAUCUCCACCAUGGCUGGUAAGAACAUCUGCUGCGUGGGGAACCUGAUUUCAGAUCUGGCCGGUCUCGGUCUUGCAGGUUAUGUGGAGGUUCUGGCGACCAAAUUUGGGAUGCAGGGUCCAGAACUGACGCCCAAACAGGCGGACAUGUGGCAGACCAGGGUCAGCUCACACAUGGGUAAAGCCAUCGGAGUGUCCAUCGGCUGUAUCUUGGGGAUGUUCCCGCUGUUCUUCCUGGAUGAUGAGGACAAAGAGAAAGCACAGCCCCGCAUAGACACAGUGUCACCGUCUUCAUAAGCAGCCACUACACUGCACACUUACAGACUGGAUACUGCUGAUGUCAACUUUAAAAAAAGAACAAGUAUUUACAGCUGGAUGUUUCUCUGUCUUCCUGCUCAGGCGGCGUUCACCCCUCUUCAGUCUGUAAACCAGUUCAAGCUGUUUGUGUUAGCUGAUGAGAUUCAGUUCACAAGCCCUUGUAGCUUCUUCCUAACAACAAGCUGUGUUCACUGUCUGCUCAAUCAACACAUGCCAUCUGUUAACUCAACAUGUCAAUACAAUGGGUAUUCUCUCAUUUCAAUUCACACAUUUGACAUGUUGAGGGACAGAGGCUCCAGGGACCCAUCAUCCAUUCUUCUUUUUCACCGUGAGAAAACAAGCUUUUAUUUCAAAGGAACAACCUUUUAUUUAUUUAUUUACAUAAUUGUAGUAGACACUUUCAAUAAUAAUAUUGAAUGAGCCUGUCUCAAGCACUUUUCAAAUCUUACAUUUUCUUAAACAAUUAUAUUAUUUACAUAUCUGAUUCAGGUCUGUUUGAUCUGUACAGCAUAGCACACUCUGUCCUCAGACCCCUCAGCAAGUAAGGAAAGCCCAUCCCCAGUACUAACAAAUACAUCACUUUUGGUGGACGCUGCGAAACAGCUUAAACUACAUUCAGCCUGUUUCUGUUCUUAUCCAAUCAUUAAAAAGUCAAACAUUUUCCCCAUUAGUUACUUAAACACAAAGAAAUGGUGGAAAUGAAUCUGAUGAGUCUCAGCGUGGAUUCAUGCUCUCUCGUCAGCAAAUACUUUAAUUACACGCGUGCCAACAAACUCACUUAAAUACAGUUUCCUCGUCAAUAACAGGGCCACCAGCUAACUUGUUAGUACCGCAGCAAUUUCAUGUAAACUUAGAUUCUUGCAUUCAGUGUAGUACUGUGUGUACACAUUCUAAUUGGUGAAAACGGCACCACUUACCGGAUCAGUGCUCUGCAUUGGCAGAUUCCUCAGUAUAUGAAUCCAUAUCAAGGGGGAGGAGUUACCGAUGCAGAACGCUUCAGCCUUCUUAGUCCCAGCCUGAGAUCCACUAACUGGAACCUUUGUCCCCUGUUGUUAAGAGCAAUCGAUAGUGUAGAUUAGAAGCUCAUUUAUUCUUAGAAAUGAAAAGAUUUGGUUGUCAUUGGAAACCAAUGUGUAUUAAGUCCCAGUUUUUGACACAGAUCAAAUAGCCUUUGUGAACGCUGCCUGUGCGGCUCUCAGGAUGGGAAGUGCUCACAACACCUGCACACUACAGCUGGUUCAAAUAUCAGCCACAGCAGGUUCAUAAUAAUAUUCUUUAUUAGAUCCCCUCCUCUUGUCCAUAGAGGGGUGUGAGUUGCCAUCACACAGACACAUCCAGGUGUGAGGGGUCCCAUCCUGACGGUAGAAACAUACAGCUCAUGUUCAGGAACACUACUUCACGCUCAACAGACAACCUGAGGCUCGUGUCCUUUUUAUUUUGAACUAACUUGUAAAGCAGUACAUGGAAUAUGUUGGGACACUUUAUACACAAACCAUUUUGGGUCCAAAAAAGGAAAGCGUUUCUCAACGUUCGACAGUGCCCACUGCUACCUCCAUGGGAAUAUGUGUCUGUGUUUUGCAUGAAGAACUGAUGGAGCUCUAUAAUCAAAUGUUUCCUCGUCAGAUGGUUUUUAAUAUCUUCAAAUGUCUUGUACAGGUUGAAGGAGGAUCAGUGGCGAGGCUCUGAAACUGAAGUUGCUCAUUUCAGUUUUGGGCUUUACUCUUUGUAUUCCAAGGUCUUCUUUGUAUCUCUGCUUUUCUUUCCGCUCCAUCUUUUCUCUUAUUUCUCUUAAGGACGCUUGAUUUGGAUCCAGCCAUCUGUGUAACGCUUCUCCUCUUAGGUUUCUGCUCCAUCAGACUCGUAGCUGCAGAUGGUUGGAUUUGCCUCAAACAAUAAGAGCGUGCAGUCUAAAACGGUCUAGCAUAUACCACGAGUCACUUCAGUAGGUUUUAUUGAUUUCUACACCUCAGACCUUGUCUUUUUAAAAUGUGUAAUCUGUCUCUCUGUUUGCUUCUCUCUCACUCCAGCUUUCUGCUCUUAUUCAAGGUGCUUUUUGUAAAUACAGUGAAUCCAAUUGAUCCUUUUGCUGGCUGCAUCUGAAACCAAUCCCUAUUCACUCCUUAUUUCAAUUUCCAUUGUGUAAUGGUGCAACAGAAUAUUAUUUUCACUUUUGAUUUUUAUGGAUCAACAAUUAUUCAUUCUUUGAAUCAGAAAAGAAGAAAAAUAAAUGUUGGGGAUCCUAGACAAAUUCUAAAAAAUAUCUUGCCUUAAAAAAAGUCUUAAAUUCUAAAUCCUCACAUUUUAGAAUGGCACUCCUUUAUGUAAUAUGUAUGCACUAUCAUUUGCUCUAAAAAUAUCCCACAAUGCAUCAAAACAAAGUAGAGUCCACGGCAAUUAUUAUUAUUAUUUUUUUUCCUAAAUAGCAAAGCCUAACAUUUGAUAGAUGCUUAAAUAACAUGUCUACCACACUACUGCUGAUGCAUGAUGUUUUAUUGUCCCAUAAAUGAAUGUUGAAAUGGAAUUUCAUGCGUAGCUUUCCCCCAGUAUUCCUGAUUACUACAUAUUCAAAAGGAGAGAAAUACUGCUUAUUAGUCUACAUAAACGCAUCAACUAUAGUUAUAUUGUUGCACACAAUUGUAUAAUCAUUUAAGAGCGGUAACAUUCUGGUGUUGCUAAUGGGAAAAUAUGUAUUUAUUUGUUGCCUUAUUUCCUCUUUGCGGUAACAUGAAGGGUUAACCCAUCAGUGCAUGAGUGACUGAGGGAGGGGUUUCAGACUCGCACCACACUUUGUUUCUAUGAACCCUCAACUGGCUUUGACACUAGCAGAGCACACCGGUCAGGAGGAAGGACAGCAGGAGUUAUGCUAAUGCCUUGAAAGGUUUGAGAAAGGCCUAAACUCUAAAAUGUUGUGAUAUUGAUUGUGAUGCAGGGAGGAGACGUGUUCAUCUUCAGAGGGAUGAGGACACGCAUCCUCAAAUGAAAAAGGAAUUAAGUGCAGGAGAUAAGGAAUAUUGGGAAAUAAUCGAACCUCUGAGUUCAGACUGACUGGAGACAGAAAUGUUUAACAAAUAUUGUAAUGAGUGUUUGGAUUCCGCUGCAAAACAUAUUUAACUAGUUUGAAGAGAUUUAUCGUGCAGAACAAGAAGCAAUAUCUGUUUGAAUCAUGUGCUAAAUAAGGAGUAACUAAUUAAUAAUCAAUGUUCUCAGACACAUGAACUUGAAUGUUUUUGUAUCAUCUCAUGUUUAUAUCACGUUGUGUAAUGUUUUCUAACAGGAUGUUCAGGCCUGUGGUGAACACAUUUGAUUGUUUUGUAUUCCUCUAGAGAUUUUGAAGCACAUGAACAAAGUAUAACCUCUUAAUGAAUGCUGUGUUGUGCUGCCAUCUUGUGGACCAGCAGCUGUGCACUGAUACGUGUAUGUACUCAAGCCAGUCAUGUGGAAGGACUGAUUAUACAGUAUGCAUUGUGGAACAUAAUGUGCAAUUUAAACUCACGUAAUAAAUUUGGGAGUGUUACCUCUGACUCUG